AUGUUUUACGAUUUCGAGACCCGGCAGGACGAGACGCUUGAGGGUGGCGAGACCGCGUCAAUGACAGUUCACGUGCCGACUCUCUGCAUCGCGCAGCAGAUUUGCGUCACGUGCGCGCAUGAGGACGACAUGACGGUGCGUUGUCGGUGGUGCGGUAUACGCGAAUUUGUGUUUUGCGAUGAUCCGGUGGAGCAAUUCGUCGAUUUUGCUACAAGAACGACGAAAUGUUUCAAGCAGAUCAUCUGCAUCGCGCACAACGCCAAGGCGUUCGACGCGCAGUUUAUUCUGCGUUACAUCGCAGAAAAACGCGUCGAAUUAGAUCCGCGAGUAAUAUUAAACGGGACAAAGAUCAUCGUAUUAACGGUCGAGCGUACGAAAUUUAUCGACAACAUCAAUUACAUGCCGAUGCGUUUAUCAGCUUUGCCGAAAGCUUUUGGUUUGCGAGAUAGUGUGGAGAAAGGAUAUUUUCCACAUUUAUUUAACACUCUCGCGAAUCAAUCGUACGUCGGUCCGUUAUCAUCCGUUGAAUAUUACUCGCCCGACAAUAUGUCCAGCGAAGAACGCGAGCGUUUUUUAUCGUGGCACGCGGAACAGACGUGCAAAAACGCAGUCUUUGAUUUCCAACGCAAGAUAGUGCGUUAUUGUCGUAACGACGUCGAUAUCCUGCGACAAUCGUGCAUGGCCUUCCGCAAGAUAUUUCUCGAGCAAGGAAAUGUAUGCCCGUUCGAAGACUGCACGACCAUCGCUUCCACGUGUAUGCGUGUUUUCCGUAAAAACUUUUUACGUGAGAAAGAGAUAGGCGUCAUUCCUCGCGGCGGAUAUUGUCUCGCGGAUACGCAAUCCCGCAAAGCUCUGCAGUAG